UUCAGACUUCAGUUUUAGUUUUCCCUUCAGUCAAAAUAUACAAACAUUUGGUUAUGAAAAAUUCAUUGUGAUAUUAAGUAUUAAAUUAAUUUAAUAAAAAAUGAGUACAACGUCUACUAGACCGGCUUCCCAAUCCCAACAUUCGUCCGUACGUAGCGAGACAGCCCGUAGCGCUGUAAACAUAUCGGACGAUGAAGAAUAUUCGACAAAACCCGAAUUUAUUUACGGUGGACCGUUUAUAAAAGUGGAAAAACCAUGUCCGUUUUUAAAUACGGCUACUCCAAUGAACGUUCAACUACAGGGAACUUUCAAAAAGAGUUUCGCGUAUUACUCGUUGAAGGAACGCUUACCGAUUAUUUUAACAAAAGUCAUCGAUUACUUGUCUCGUGAAGGUUCAAAGAUCAAGUCCGCAAAUAGUGCCUCCGACGAAGACAUCCGCGGCUACAUCCAAUACAUAACUAAGCUCAAAAACGAUUUAGUAACAAACAAGAAAUACGACCUCUUGACCGUCGAUACACCGGAAGCGAGGAAGUGGAACGAAUGGAUUUCAAACACAGAGAAUCAAUAUUACUUUACCAAUAUAUGGGUCUUUUCUGAAUGCUACGUGUAUAGGAGGCUUAGGGAAGGUUGUGAAUUGAGCAAAGGUCUACAAAACUUCGAUCCCUUCGAUGAGCAAAAGGAACAGUCGUUUGUUAACAGUUUGGAGCCUAUGUGUGUAGUCGCAGACAAACUUAUGACAAUGUUGCCUCCCAGUGACAAGGACAAGAGGAAAGCUGACUUCAUGACACUAUUGAAGAUUUGUCUAUGGGCGAACAAGUGUGACCUGUCGCUGUCCAUGGGGGAACAGGUGACGCUGAACUCGGCUGACGGAAGCAGUGGCGUGAAAAAGAUCAUAGAUCCGUUUCAGAUAGUUAACGAUCUUAAGGACAAGUUACUAGUGGACGAUACUGCCAAGAUCAGUGAUCUAGUUGUAACGAAGGCUGAAGCGAUGGCUAAAACUAUAGAAGGGAAUACGAAUUUAAAAACGAAAUGCAGUUGCAAUAGGCUGGCAACACUCGCCGGGUUGCCGCCUUGUAAACAAGAGUGCUGUGAAGAAGCCAAGCCCUCCGAAGAGGGGGCGGCCGAGGGGGAGGCUCAGCAAGCGCCUUGUCCGGGGAAGCUGACCGUUCCGCCGACUGUUAUGUUCGACAUCGUGUGCGACAACGCCGGAUACGAACUGUUCGCGGACCUCUGCCUCGCCCACUUCCUCGUGUCGCAGAAUAUUGUCAAAAAGGUUCGAUUCCACGUGAAGAGGAUACCGUGGUUCGUGUCCGACGUCACGCCUAGAGAUUUCAAAUACGUUAUAAGGUCGUGCGCUCAAGCGAACUAUAGUCGAGAAGUUCCAGUGGAAAGUAAACCAGAAGGCGAAACAGAAGCGUCUGAACCAGAAGGUCUUAGAAGCGUAAAUUCUAAUAGUCUGGUGAAUCUCGGCGGGAUCUGGCGCAAGUUAGUUGACGACGGCACAUUUGUUGUUAUGUGUGACGACUUCUGGACGUCGCCCCAUGUGUACAAGGACAUGAAGCAGCACGACCCGGACCUGUACCGGAAGCUGCAGUUCGCGGUCGCCGUCAUGUUCAAGGGAGACUUGAACUACAGGAAGCUGUUGGGGGAGAGGAACUGCAACCCCACGCUGGCCUUCGAGAGCGCUCUGCAGGGGUUCACGCCGGCGCCGCUGGUAGCGCUGCGGACGGUGAAGGCCGACCUCGUCUGCGGGCUGCCCAAGGGCAAGUGGGAGCAACUCAACGGCAUCGACGACAAGUGGAUGGAGAAGGGAGACUACGGUGUGAUCCAGCUGUGCGCCAAGACGGAGGCGCUCAAGGCGUCGGAGAGGCCGUGCGCGCCGGACGGAGAAGUCGAGGACGUGUAAAUCAUUUUUUCUAGUAAAAUUAAUUCCAAGAAUUAUGCAGAUAUCACCAUAUUUGCUUAUGAAGCACAUCAUCUUUAUCUAUUUUAUUAAUAUUAUACUUGUACAUUGUUGAAAAUAAAAUCUUUUGAAA